AUGAUUUCAAAAAGCGAAAAACAAAAGACUGGUGAGUUAGUGUGGAAUGAUAUGAAAAAAAUUAAUUCUGAACUUCUUACAAUGACGUAUGGUGGUAUUGUUCUUCAAUUAUUAAAAGAAAAUGAGUUUGAUGGAGAAAAAGUGAAUAACGAAUUAGAAGAAAUGGGAUAUAACAUUGGAACAAGAAUUGUUGAAGAAUACCUUGCUAAGGUAGAAGGUAAAAUGUCAACUAAAUGCCUUUCAUUUAAAGAACAUAUAGAGUCAAUUACUUAUGUUGCAUUUAAAAUGUUUUUAGGUAUUAAUUCAGAGUGUUAUGAAGUAAAUGAGAAACAAUGGAAGAUUAGUAUUCCAAAUAAUCCGUUAAGUGAAUGUGUUGAGCUUCCAGAAAAAUUAAAGAACAAAUUAUGGUAUAGUAAUAUUUAUUGUGGCAUUAUUCGUGGUUCAUUAGAAAUGUUAAAAUACAAAGUUGAAUGUAAAUUUAUUGGGGAUGUUUUAAGGGGAAAUUCCACGACUGAAAUAGAAGUAACAUUAAUUGAUCUUCUUGAGCAAGCUAAAUACGUAAAUUACAAUGAAUAA